AUGGGUGAUCCGCAGUUCGCAAAAUUCCCGGACCUGCAGUUGGCCCAGCACAUCUUCCUGCUCACGAAUCCCUCAUCGUCGAAAUCCACCAAACAAUCGUCUCUUAAAUCGGUGCAAGAUGCCAUCCAGGACAAGAAGAUGGCACCGCUCUACCGGUACCUCGCACAUCCGGUAGAGGGCGUAUUGAAUGCGCCGGGAGAAGGCAGCGCACAACAGCCUGCUGGCCACCGGAGACCGUCUUCGAGCGUCGCUACCAUGCUCGCCACUAAGAAUGCCAACGUCGAGGUCCCGCUGGCGUGGGACGAUAAACUAUACGAGUCAUUGCAAGCGGAGAACGAGAAGGAGCUUGAUGCUAUACAGAAGGAAGAAGAUGAGGCCGCGGAGAAAGCGGGCGAGACCGAAGUGCAGGCCGCGCGGGGAAAGCGCGCUGAGCUGUACAAUCGCAUCGGUGACAAGGAGAAAGCUAUCGCUAGCUACGAGGCCAUCUUCGAGAAGACGGGCAUUCUAGGCACCAAGAUCGACAUCGUCCUCGCAAUAAUACGCGUUGGACUUUUCUUUGGCGACAAAGUGCUCGUGAAGAAGACUGUUGACCGGGCAAGUGCGCUCGUAGAGAGCGGUGGCGACUGGGACCGACGGAAUCGUCUCAAGGCAUACCAUGGGCUACAUCUCCUCACCGUUCGGUCACACGCGUUAGCCGCACCCCUGCUCCUCGACAGUCUGUCCACAUUCACCAGCUACGAGCUUUGCACCUAUUCUUCCUUGGUCAUCUACGCAAUUCUCGCGGGUUCGGUUUCGCUCAAGCGCGUUGACUUCAAGUCGAAGGUCGUGGAUGCGCCUGAGAUCAAGGCUAUUGUUGGCGGUAACUCAGAGGACAAGAUUGCUGCGAUAACUGGACAGGCAUCUGCUGGACCUUCGGCUGGUGAUGAAGAGAUGGCAGAUGCUUCAGGCUCUACUGCGACUCCGGUACCGACUGCCGUGAAUCUCACAACGCUGGGAGGCAAACAAGAUAUUUCGGAGGCCUCCAUAGAUUUCAGCCCGCUCGCGAAGCUUGUGAAGAGUCUGUACGAGGGUGAUUACAAGAACUUCUUCGGAGCUCUGGCUGAGGUUGAGGUCAACUUCCUGAGCCAAGAUCGAUACCUCUUCGAGCACAGGAGUUGGUAUGUGCGAGAGAUGCGCUUGCGAGGUUACCAGCAAUUGCUCCAGUCCUACCGUGUGGUCGGUCUGCAGAGCAUGGCAACCGACUUCGGCGUGAGCGUGGACUUCCUAGACAAGGACCUUGCCAAGUUCAUUGCUGCUGACCGCAUACCCUGCACCAUCGACCGCGUCAAAGGCAUCAUCGAGACCAAUCGACCAGACGACAAGAACAAGCAGUACGCGGAUGUGGUGAAGCAGGGCGACCAGUUGAUUACCAAGCUGCAGAAGUACGGGCAGGCUGUCAGGUUACGGGGCAGUGAACGUGGUUGA